AAUCUGUCUGGAGCGAGAGCAGACUGCAGCCCAUCCUCAAGUUUCAAUAGACGCUCGGACAUCACACACACACAUACACACACACACAUGUACAUAUACACACACACACAAUGAGCUCUGUCUCUCAACUGGAAACACUUCAUUUCAUGCCUUGGAUUUAAGCAACCACGGAUUCUUGCUCCAUAUGAGGAAGAAAAUCUUGAAAGCACCUUGUCUCCUCUUGAGUCUGUUCGCAAGUUUAAAUCUCUGCUCCGGAAAAUUUGGGACGCCGAUUACUGACGAUGUGAGCAAGCUAUCAUUAUUGAAGCAGAAUAUCCCCUCUGAUUAUGAGAUUCCUGUUAGUUACAUUCCCAAAGAAGUGGCUGGCACGUGCUGGGUCGUGUUGAACAUCUAUCCUUUGGAGCAGAGUCUAAGGAAGCUAGCCAACAUGUUUGGCACCAUUUCCUCCAACAAAGAAAACGUAGUCGUCUUCAUCGCGAUGCUGAAGAGUUUACGCUUCACCUUUGACCAUGAGGAGCUCGAAACUGCGAUGCAACUCUUCCAGUGUCACUAUCAGGAAGGGAGCUUGACGUCGGGCCUUUACUUUGACUACAUCAAAGACGUCUUACAUGCGGCCUCCAAAGGAACAUCCGGUUUCUCGUGCAAGCCACCACCAUGCCUUAAUUCACAACAAAAACCAGGUGGUCAGCGGGAGGGUCGUAAGUACAGCUGGUCCAACAGAUAUCCACUGCUUCUGGCUCUCAUCCCCUUCACAGCUUGUGUUGUCAUCAUAGUGUGGCUGGUGAGUAAUUAUUCGGAGUGGAUUAGCUACUUUAUGAAACGUGAAAAUUAG